AAUUUUAACCUGUUUUAUCUUGAGAUGUUUGUUCAUCCUUUAGACAUUUCAUGUUUCACCAUCUAUUACCUUUUUUGUUUUUAUUGCUUUUCUAUUGGAUUUGGAAGGUCCAUACACAUUGUUAGAUGGUAUUUGUAUUAUUCAGGGAGGGCAGAGCAAACUCUUGAAAAUGAGUUAUGCGGAUUACUAAUGUUAAAAAAUUGUGUAUUUGGAAAGAGGAAAAGAAAAGAAAAAACUAAAGAUAACAGUGUGACAUGAACGUGGGAACACCAUGACAUAAAUGUGGUGCCGCCACUGCUACUUGCGGUGUUGUGGAAUUCUGGACUGUUGCAAAUAACAGUGUGAAAAUAACCCCCUGGAGAGUUGAAUUUUGUGUAUUAGAUAAAUGAUCGUUGUGGGAGGUUAUCCCAUCCCUAUACACGGUGCUCAACAUAUGGCUGGGUUAGCAUUAGCCAUGUUGAACCUGUGUACAAGAAAAGCAAAGAAGCUUUUGAAACAAAUUAAACUCACAGAUCAUCUCAUUCAAAAUAUUCAUUCCAAUUAUAAACCAGAUUAAUACGCCAAAUUUUAAUCAGAAAGCUGUUAGAUUUAGUGCAACAAAUAUUGUAUUAACUAGCUAGAGGGAAACUAUAAGCAUGGGAACCAACUAGUAAGGAGAUUCCACAUAGCAAAUGGAAAAUAAAGUUUUCCUAUUUUAAUCAAUUCCCAACCACUGAGACUACAACCAAAUGACAUGCCUAAAUCUGCUGCUAUCUCAUGGAUUAUUUAUUUAUUUACUAAUUAGACCUCAUGCAACUCCAAAUCCACAUACUUUUCUAUUCUGGAUCUUGUGGCAAGUGAGCCUCCCACUUGAAGUUUUGUACCAGCAACUUUGAUGAACUGAAUUGCAGCAACUUCACUCCAAUCACUGGCUUUUUAGAACUUAAUUUGGAUCUCCGGUUGAUGUUUCAAGAGAGGUGGAAAAACUUGAUGGAUUGAGCUGGAAUCGAGGUAAGGUUAAGAUUCCAGAAACCUUGGAUCUUUUCAAGCUUCAACCUUGGCUUGUUUUGAACUUGUCUUCAAAACACACUCGAGACACUCAAGAUUUCUAAAUUGAUUAUACAAGAUCGCAGUUUGCCAACCUAGUCCUAUGGACCCAAUAGAACCAAAUAAUUAGGCCUUCGUACUAAAUCUGCAUCUCACCUUUGCCUUUUCAUUAAAAAUUUUGCAGUUUAGAUUGGUAGAUCUUGUUUUGUAUUGUAAUUACUACUGAAUUACUAAUAAAAAAAUUACUAUUGGACCCCAAGGGGUUAAGUGGUUCUAAAGGCCUCAUGAUAUCCAUGAGAUCUUGAAGCCUCUUGCCAACAUCUUAGGCCCACCCCCAAAGGAUUUCAUGUGGUGGGUUAGAGUUAGCUUAACUAACUUAGUGUGUGUGUGGGAUGACGGAUUGCAUGGUAGUAAUUUAACCCAUGUGGUGAGUUGGAGUUAGCUUAACUAACCUAGUGUGUGUGGAAUGACGGACUGCAUAGUAAUAAUUUAAUCCAUGCGGUGGGUUGGAGUUAGUAAACUAUUAAAGUUUAUUGUUGCUAAUAAGAGAUUUAGAUUCAAAUCAUGCCUAAAAAAAUAAUAAUAAUAAAAUAAAAAACUAAUUAGUGUCAUAAUCUCAUGCCAAAGAGUAAUCACCACGAAAUGAACACCAUGCUAUAUCUUUCCUAAACCUAUCAUAUGUAUAAAAUAUAUAUAUAUAUAUAUAUAUAUGUACCCUUUGGACUAACAUUUCCUACUAUACAUAUAAGCACAUACAAGGGACUAUCAUUGGUUGACAGGGUCAUCUUCUAGUAAUUUAGACAGUGUGUAUGGUGUUGAUUGAAGGAGACCAUGGUCGGUGAUGCUGCUUAGUAGCUCCAUGUGAUUUAUGGUUCCAGCAAACGUGCCUCUCCUUAUUAUGAUUGAGCACUGACACGUCAAGCAAUGAAACAUUGGCUUAAAUGGGUGUUUAUAUCAAUGCUGACUCACAACCUCAGUGCCUUUUAUGUGCAUCUCAGGCUCACAGCACCUGCCCAUUCAGUUCCUGUGAUACAAAGUCGGUGGUAGCAAAAAAAAAAAAGGGGUUAAGCAGAUCAGUGGGGCAAGGAAUGGAUUUCAACCCAAGUUGCAAGGAUAAGAAGAAAACCAUAGACCAAUCUAUGCUAAUGUGCUGCAAGCUCUUUAUCUCUAAAUCACGUAACCAUGCUGCUCUUGAUGCUAUUGAACAAGCUGCAAGGCUUAACCCAGAAAUUGUCAUCAUAAACAAUUUUGAGGACCAAGCAUAUAAUAGGGUUCAGCACACUCUUGUAUCAUAUAUUGUGCAAGAUAUCACAGGGAGUGCCAUUUAUAGUCCAUUGCAACAAGAUGUCCUAGCCAUGGUUGAGGCUGCAUUUGGAGCCAUUAACCUUGAGUUGCACUCUGGGACUCACCGCUGGCUUGGUGUUGUGGACGACAUUCUUUUCCAUAAAUUGGCUCAAGCAUCACUGGAUGAAGCAGCUUGGCUUGCAAAGGCAGUGGCAGCAGACAUUGCAAAUCGAUUCCAAGUGCCAGUGUUUUUGUAUGCUGCAGCACAUCCAACAGGCAAGGCUCUAGACACCAUUAGGCGUGAGCUUGGAUAUUAUCGGCCUAACUUUAUGGGCAACCAAUGGGCAGGAUGGACCAUGCCUGAUACGCUUUUGGAGAAGCCCGAUGAAGGUCCGUCCGAGGUCUCUCGAGCAAGAGGCAUCACAAUGAUUGGAGCACGUCCAUGGGUUGCAUUGUACAACAUACCCAUCUUGUCCACAGAUUUCUCAGUGGCUCGAAGAAUUGCAAGGAUGGUGAGUGCUCGAGGUGGUGGGCUACCCACGGUGCAGACAUUAGGCUUGGUUCAUGGAGAGGAUUCAACUGAGAUUGCCUGCAUGCUCUUGGAGCCAAAUCAAAUUGGUGCAGAUAGGGUCCAGAACCAGGUUGAGAUGCUAGCAGCUGAAGAAGGGGUGGAAGUGGAGAAGGGCUAUUUUACUGAUUUUUCACCAGAGAUGAUUAUUGAAAAAUACAUGAAUUUAACCUCUGCUCAAAGAGACUAAAUGAAAGACUCUUAAACAACUGCCAUAUCUACCAAGUUUCAAUUUGCCAAAAUUUCCUAAUAAACAUUGUUAGGGAAACAAC